UCCAGUUCAACAAGUUGUUACUGCAGUUACUUGCUCAUGAAAUUUAGGUGGAGUUCUCCAGUGAUCACAAAGCUGCUCUCUGCCUCUUCUUUUGUCUCAUUCUCUGCUUCUUUCCUCGUCUUUCACAAACUCAAACCAUCUCACAAGCUUUCUCUAAACCUUUAUUUUGACCAGGUUACUGAGUAGAAAAGAGAUCCUUUUUUAUUUUUGCUAGUGAAGCCAUAGAAAACCCAAAACAAGAUGGUUAAGUACGGCCUGGAUUAUACCCGCUGCAGAUGGAUCUUGCCUCUUCUUCUGGGUUUAGCAAUGAUCUUUGGCAUCAUUGCUCUGGCUGGUUGGUGCUGGAUAACCUCUCAAACCUACCCACCUACACGCCGUGCUUCGUUGUGGAACAUGUGUUAUUUGGAUGAUGGGACAUGCAUGUCUCUGAUGAAUUACGCUUGGGGAAGAGCUGCAGCGGGCACAUUCUUGGUUGGAUUUGUACUCGUCUGUAUCUGUUUUGCCUUGUCCAUCAUUGCAUUUGCCAUUCCUACACUGCGUUUCAACUUCAUUAGAGGAAUAGGAGGCCUGUGUUUUGUUGCUGCUGUGUUCUCCCUAAUGGGCCUUGUCAUCUAUGCAGUAAUGUGCACAAAACAGUUUCCUGCUCCAUCUAAUAUGGUUUAUCAGUUUGACUGGUCCUAUGGCUUUGGAUGGACCAUGUGUAUUAUGGCAAUAGGUCUCGGAUUCUUCUUCUGCUGCCUCCCUCUCUAUGAAGACCAUAUUUUGGGCAAUGUCAAGCCUUAUUAUUAUCCUGAUAUAUAACUUUUAGCAAGGCUACCUUUUUGCUUCCUUGUGUGUUUGGCUUCCAAGGAUGCAUACUGACUAAAACCCUCCCUUGUAUCCCCAUGAACACUCACCUAGCCACACAUUAUUAGAAAUAAAAAGCAGUAGAGAGAGUUCAUACUUUGAAAAAAUGACUUUAAGGACAUUUUAGAUGUGUUAAAAUAAGAAAUAAUUCUCAUUUUAUGUUUGAUGUAAAUUAGUUGUGCUGUUGUACUUCUUCUGCAGCUCCCCAGAUGGGGCUAGGAAUAACACUUUUUUUGUAUAUUUCUGUUUUAUGAGCAAGUCACAAUACAGUUGUCUUCUUGAGGUAGAGAAGAUUAAAUUUAUGACCCUGAAGCAAUUUAAGUGUUGAACCCAACCUGUUCUGUCACUAGUACAACAGAAUUGUGCCUAUGACAUUAUUAUAAAUUUCACAUUAUUAUAAAUGUAGAUUUCUUAUGUCAGGCAAUGAAUUUAAUAUGAUAUGCCAAGAAGAAAUAAUUUGUCAGUGGCAGUGUUAUUUAGUCAAGGGAUCUGGGUAUCUUUAUGAAAAGCCUCAAUGACAUCAACAUUCUGGUAAUGAAAUAAUUAUUUUGUCUAGUAUAUUAAAAUCAAACCAGAUAUUUUGACUGAGCUAUUUAAACAUUUGAGCCCUUGACAUUUAUAAAUAUUAUAUCCUUCUAUAUAUGAUGCUUGUAUAUUGCAGGAAAAUACUUUUCUUCUGAGGUAUUUUUAGCCCCAUUCACAUGUAACAGUGAACGCAUGUACAUCCUGCCUGUACAUUCAUAUAUCUGUUUGUAAGAAAGAGCUAAUGCAUGUUCACUUGGCCAAUGAAACCAGGGACUAGUACCUAGAUAAAUGUGGGGUGUGUAUCACAUGUUCAGCUAUAUGUGUUUAAUGUAACACGAGAAUUUCUCAACACACAAAGAUCAAGUGUACACUGUACAUAGAUUCUACGUGCAUAACGUCUUAUGAAGUUGUAAAUGGGUGAAGCAGGUGGCAGUUUGCUUUUAUAGAGCAUUAGUUACACUGACAAUUGGAAACUGAAUUUUAAAGAGAUAAAAACAAAAUUUAUUUAGCUUUA